AUGCCUCCGAAACGAAAGAGCCCCGGUGAGGGGCAUGACCAAGACAACACGCGCAGGAAGCGAUUUGCUUAUCUGAAGCCCCAAGUUCGUCGGGUCUCUGAACGAACGAUCAAAUCUAAAUGGUCCACACUCCCAGAGCCAAUGCAAGAGAAGAUUCGCGAUAUGUUUCGAGCCCUCGAGCGCCCGGUCAUAAUGCGUCAACAGAGUGAGCGAAAGCGCAUUGAAGCGCAAGCAGCUGUUCAGGCCGUAGUGAAGAACCUCGGAAAGCGCCUACCUAGAAUGCCAUUUCCACCCGUGACGAAGGAUUCGGUUUUCGAAUACGAGGCUGCACUCAAAGAACAUUGUUCCCUGGAGGCGAGCCUGGCUACCGUCAUGGACAGCACUGAUCUCUUGAAAGCCGAAAUCGAAAAGGAAGAGGCAUUACUUGCGAAGGAAACGAAGCAAUUGCAGGAAAUGGAGAAGAAUGCUAAGCGGGCGGAAGCAGAACGGAAGAGGCAACUGAAAAAUGAACAUCCCGUACUUCGGCAGCUCAGCGUUCCUGGCCAACAGAGCCAGGAUCACACUCAGCUCGUAAUCUCUGGCGAAAACGAUUUGCAAACUACGUUUGAUGAGCUCGAAACCGACCCCGAGGUCGCGGGCUUGUUAAAGCAGCUGAAUGGGCAUCUCAAAUCCAUGCAGGGUAAUACAGCCCCUCUGACAGGCUUAAGUGAGGCGAUUACACGGUCCCAGACAGCUUUGAGCCUGACUUGCCGACCUGAAGAUUGA